AGCCUGCGGAAGUCCUGACGGGAAGGUCUUUUUGUUUGGGCCGCAGAUAGACUCGACACUUGGUUUCAUUCCCCUGGUUAUCAACCGUUUUUUAUCUGCAUUAAUUUCGGGUGUCUUUUAUGAAUAAUCAAAAGCAGCAAAAGCCAACGCUAACCGGCCAGCGUUUCAAAACGAGGAAAAGAGAUGAAAAGGAGAGGUUUGACCCUACUCAGUUUCAAGAAAGUAUCGUACAAGGCUUGAAUCAAACUGGCACUGACUUGGAAGCGGUCGCAAAGUUCCUUGAUGCCUCUGGCGCCAAGCUUGACUACCGCCGGUAUGCAGAGACACUCUUUGACAUCCUGGUGGCCGGCGGCAUGCUGGCCCCAGGCGGGACUCUGUCUGACGACAUGACCCGUACUGAGUUCUGCCUCUUCACGGCACAAGAAGACCUGGAGACAAUGCAAGCAUAUGCUCAGGUUUUUAACAAGCUGAUCAGGCGUUACAAGUACCUGGAGAAGGGUUUCGAAGAGGAGAUCAAGAAGUUGCUGCUGUUUCUAAAGGGGUUCACUGAGUCUGAGCGCAACAAACUGGCCAUGCUGACCGGCAUCCUGCUGGCCAAUGGCAACAUAUCAGCCUCCAUCCUGAACAGCCUCUUCAAUGAGAACCUCGUCAAAGAGGGAGUAUCUGCAGCCUUCGCUGUCAAGCUGUUCAAGUCAUGGAUCAAUGAGAGGGACAUCAACUCUGUUGCCGGCAGUCUCCGCAAAGUCGGCAUGGACAACAGGCUGAUGGAACUCUUUCCUGCCAACAAACGGAGCUGCGAGCAUUUUUCUAAGUACUUCACCGACGCCGGGCUAAAGGAGCUGUCCGACUUCGCCCGCAACCAGCAGUCCAUCGGCGCCCGCAAAGAGCUGCAGAAGGAGCUCCAGGAGCAGAUGUCCCGCGGUGACCCGCAAAAGGAGAUUAUCGCCUUCACCAAGGAGGAGAUGAAGAAGGCCAACUUAUCUGAGCAGGCCAUGAUUGGCAUCAUCUGGACCAGCGUGAUGAGCUCUGUGGAGUGGAAUAAGAAGGAAGAGCUGGUGACCGAACAAGCCAUCAAACACUUGAAGCAAUACAGCCCUCUGCUGAAAGCCUUCACCUCCCAGGGUCUGUCUGAGCUCAGCCUGCUGCUGAAGAUCCAGGAGUACUGCUACGACAACAUCCACUUCAUGAAGGCCUUUCAGAAGAUCGUGGUGCUCCUCUACAAAGCGGACGUUCUGAGCGAAGAGGCCAUACUGAAGUGGUACACUGAAGCCCACGUCGCCAAGGGGAAGAGCGUUUUCCUCGAGCAAAUGAAAAAAUUUGUCGAGUGGCUGAAGAAUGCGGAGGAAGAGUCUGAAUCGGACGAAGAGGAGGCGGACUAAAAACCUCCAUCGCCAGAUGAGCUUUUUCCUUUUUUUGUUUUUUGUUUUUGUUUUUUUUUUUUUCUUUUUCUUUUUUUUUACAAGUAGCAGCAGGAGCAGUAGAAUGUCUUCACCCCUUCUUUCUCUUCUACCUCCUGUUUUACUCCCAAACACACACACACACCCUUCCACCACCACUCCAAAACAUUUAAACGUUAUUUAAAAGAUUUUUAAAAAAAAGAAGGGCUCUGUCCUUACUCGUAACUUUAUGUGUUGCGGCUCACAGUGGAAGCGGAAAAUGAUGAAUACUCCCCCUCUUUUCCCUUUUUAUUUUAAUUUUUUUUUUGGUAUUAUUGUUGUAAUGCCUUCUGUAAUUUGGAUACAACAUUCCAUGUGAUCUCGAUGGCCGCUGCUUGUAUGAAUCUGAACCAAGAUUUGGUAAAUAUUCAAGUUGGCUUUUUUGCCGUGCGACUACGAAGCCGACUAAAAUGUUAAGACAAUUUUGCCAAAGUUUAUUAUUAUUAUUAUUAUUAUUUUUUCUUCCUCCCCGUUAAUUUUUAAUUUCGCCCAGCUCAUGUUUUGGCUCCUGUUCGGUCUCAAACUUCGCCUUCUUUCUUGACUUUUGGGUAAAACUGUAACUGCGUGUCGAGGUCGCUCUGGUCAGUCCGUCAGAAGACACGCCCCCCCCCCCCUGUAAGAUGCCUCGCCAGCUAACUGAUUAUUAUUGGUUUCUACUUUCUUUAAUCUGAUAUAAACCGAUUGACUUUUUUAUGAAAUAAAGAUUAUUGAAAUGGUU